CAUGGGAGGCGAAUUUUCUGGGUUUUUACGCAAAAUCCAAUAAGCUUAUCGACAUUAAUCUUUAGAUAAUGACCGUGAGAAGCACCGCGUUACCAACUAUAUUGAUACCCGGAAAUUUUUACCAAAUUAAGUAAAAACAUUUUAUAUUAGCUCGUCAUGGUUUUAAUUAAUGAAAUACAGCAAAAUAUGAAAUAAAACACAACAAGCCAUUAAGUGAAAUUUCAAUCUUUGACCUGCGAAACAGAGUAUAUGAUUUUAAACAAAAGCGUUGCCAGCCAAGAGCAUAUUUUCUUUGGCGCCAAAUCUGUUGGGCAGCAAUCAAGAACAUAUGCAAACCUUUUGUUGUAAAAGUCGUGCUGUUCUGUGGUAUAUACUUCAAUUUGUUUAUACACUGUUUUGAAGAUAAUAGAACGAUGCCUUCUGUUAACGUUAAUUUUUCACCAGAACAUUUAACUACUAAAGAUGGUAGUGCAUUUGUUGCGUCGUUGGUAGAUCCGAAGGUAUGGUCUGGAAUACAGCUGCUAAACUAUACUCCUUUGCAUGAGCUAAAGGAUAUGAGCAUUGUAAGGUUUCGAGGUAUGAUACAGGACAUGCAAGAUCCGGAAAUGUAUUUGGAACGUUAUGAAGUCAUAAAAGAAGACAGCACUUGUAGAUUGCAAGAAGGCAAGUAUCGUGAUUGUUUGUUGUUAAAUGACGGAGAGCGCGUAAAUCAUGAUGCAAAAGCAAACGUUCAUGGGGAACGCCGAACAUUCUUCGUUAUAUCAAUACCCGGCCUGAAUGACUGGUGUCAAGAAUAUGAAUCUCAGUGCAGUCGCUAUAAUUUUUCCAAACACGUAAAAACGGAGGUAUCUGGGGGUAAGAAGCGAUCAGCACCUAUAGAAGAUGACAGCAUGCAAUGCGAAACCAGUAGCGAGCCAAAUGCAGAUACUGAUGUUAAUAAACGAAAACGUACAGAGGGACAAGUUGAUGAAUCUACCAGUGUUGGCGAAGUUAAUCACAGUUCCAACACAGUCAUAGGUAUGGAAUAUCAUUUAAAUUCACCGAUUCCUAGUCGUCCUAGCAAAGCUUGCAUGAUAAAAAUAUAUGAGGACUUUGAAAAAUAUAAAUUGAACACCAUUGUUGAUGUCAUUGGCUUCCUAUCAGUAAAUCCGGCAUUAGAUGCGUCAACAAUGGAUGUCGAUAUGUUCGAUAAUAUAAACGAGAUUCAAGCUCAAAACCCACCACCGUCAUUAAUUCCACGUCUUCACGCGAUAACCGUUCAUAGCUUACCUCAUCCCAACCCAUUAUUGGAUGAGAGGUUACUUUGGAGUAGGGAUGAAAGGAAUUCCACAGAUCUUAUUGAUGAUUUUAAUAUGUUAGCUGCGGGAAACGAGUUUCGCAAUUUCUUGAAACUUUGUUUAUUCAAUGACAGUUUAUCGGCCGAAUAUCUUUUAUCACAUCUUAUAUCUUCAGUGUAUUGCAGAGCUGAAUCCCGAUGCCUUGGCCGGUUCCUAUUGAAUCUUUUCAAUAUUCCGCACAAAAACAUUCCACAAUAUACAAAACAACUUUAUAAACUAUUAGAUUUGCUAAUACCAGCCAGUCACUACAUCACAAUGACAGCGGAUACCUUAAACGACUCCACUUUUGGACCAAAAAAGGAUUAUGAGACCAACAAAUUGGUUUCAGGUAUGCUGCAAUUGGCACCCCAAACACACCUUGUAAUAGACGAGACAUUCACGAAAUCCGAAACGUUAAACAGUAACGGUAUUUUGUCUAUGCAAAUUCUCGGACAUGUUAUGAAGUAUCAGCAGCUGAAGUGUAACUUCCAAUACUAUGAAAUUGAAUACGAAGUAGAUAUACCAAUACUGUGCUUGAGUGAAAAUAAAAGUAUCUUGCCGUAUGAUGUAUUUGUUCCCAUCGAAUAUGAUGAUCAAUCCCUACAAGUAAUUGAAGAGUCUCUAAAGGCAGCAAGCCACUAUUUGAAUGCAACACGCUUAAAUCACUUUAGACGCUUUCUUACUAAAGCUAAAUUGGCUGAAUUUAGCGUAAAUCCAGCCGAAAGUGAAAUGGUUCAAAAUGAUUUUGUGGAAAUGCGCAAAAAUAAAACAAUUCGAGAUGCAGACGAACUACAUCAUUUGUUGGUAUUGGCUCGUCUUCUGGCAGUUGCACGAGGCAAAAAUAUGCUAGAUAAAGAAUCGUGGGAACUGGCCAAACAAAUGGAGGCUACACGUCAACGAAGAUUGAUUGAAAUUUCCCCAUAACAGUGAAUGAACCGAAAAUUAUAUACAAAGUAUAUUUUGUCACGAUUCAUUUAUUUAUAAAAUAA